AUGGAAUCUGACUUUCUUGUUACUUUGUUCCUUUCGCAAGAUUUUGAUUAUUUUCCUUUCUUCCAGACCCCAGGCAUUACAAGCGGUGCCACUCAAAGCAUUUUAGGCUACGGCUUUGACUUGGACGCGAGCGCUGAUGCCAGCGCAGUGAAGCUGAAGGAAUUGAUCAAAACCGAAUUGCGUGUUUCGUGUCCCGCCGCCAGUAUUUCGCUUUAUACGACGAAAGGAGGAACUUGGGGUGGCUGGCUACAAACUAAGAGUGAGGAGUACGAGCUCUUAAAGCAGCUGAAGGUGCCCGCGUCGGUCAAGGAGAUGCUGAUCCCAGAGAAUGAACUUGACCCGCUCAGUUUCGUGGGGGACGACGCCUACGGAUUCCCCGACAAGUACGAAAGUGGAGACCCCGUGACAUUCAUCUCCUCGUCAAGCUACCCAGGAACUGGUCAAGAAAGGCUAACGAGUAUAUGGUUUGUCGUGCUGCGCGUCCGUAUCACAAUCUGCUAUCGGAAUGCUCUCGACGGAACGAGAAGAAGCACGAGUGAAAUCCGCUUUUCUUCUCAAAUGAAAGCAAUCAGAGAACCUAAUUGCCUGGGCUACUUGAAAGUGAUUGCCUUGGUGCUUGGUGAUGGGCAAUUGCUGCGAACCACAGCCGUAACAUUCCCAGACCGACUACGGACCAGCUCGAACCGUUUUGCGUCCAGCUAA